AUGAAUUUAAUUUAGAAUAGGUUGCGAAAAAGAACAUAUCUGCAAGAUGUCCAUAAUUAGAAUAAUGAUAGAAAUUCAAUAGCAUAAAGAUGCUCAACUUCAAUUCAUAAUUCUAUGUAACUCAUAAUUCAGAUUUGAUAGAGAUGUGUGCAGAUAAACACAUGCUAUGACAUUUCAUUUAUCCAAUCCAAGAGAAAAAUCACUUUCAGUUGAAUCUUAAGAAUCAGAAAAUGAGUUUUUAAAUACACAUAGAAGGGCAACCACUAAUAUCAUUAAUCCUCAUAAAAAUUAUAAGGCACUUUAAUAGGUUUCUUAUAUUACACAAAUAAUGAUGCCAGACUAUGAAAAAAACAUCAAUACUAUUUCAGUAAUUGAGUAUUAUACAUAUAAUUUAUUCUCAGAAGCAAAGCCUAUUAAAUAUAACUUGCAAAUUAAGAGGAUCAAAGAUAACAGCAAAGUCUUAAUGAUGGAGAAAUAUGGAUUGAUUAUAAAUUCGAAAAUGUAUAUAUUUUAUAUCUAAUAAUAAUAGCAUCCAAUUGAACUCAAAUAAGAUUUUGUCAAUGUUUAAAAAUUAAGAUAACUAGAAUUUUAUUAUUAUAAAAUCAGAUGUUAAGGUGAACCUGUACCUUUAACAUUUACAAUGAAUUAAGCUGAAUAAACUAAAUUUAAGGUAUUUUUAUCCACAACUAAUCCAUUUCCAUCUAAAUUCUCAUGUGAAUAAAUCUUCUAAGUCAAAACAUGGAAAUACAAAAGCAAAGACUAUAAAUAAUUUAGAUAAAAAUUCAUCUUUAUUUCCUUAGUUUGUGAUUUAGACACAACCAUUAAGAUCUAAUUUACUUUUGGUUAUCCUUAGGGUAUUUAAACUCAAUACAAAAGUCCAAUUGCAAAAUAAUAAAUAAAAUAAAAUUUAAUUAAUUGUGACUUAACUGCAUCUUAAAUAAUAAAGAAAAGAAAAAGAUAAAUGCUCCAAUUAUCAAAAGGAAGAAAUUUAAUUUAAGAAAAUAUCCUAAAUGUAACAAUCUAAAAUGAUGAAUGUUUCAAAUCUCAAAAAUAAUUAUAUAAAACUUUGUAAUAAAAGAAAUUUUAUGAAGUUGUUAAAAAGAGAAAAUAAUUAGAAAUCAAUACUUAAGGUUAAAAAUAGAUAAAUUAUUUUUCAAAAGAAAUAACUCAUUUAUUAAAAAAAUUAAAAUAAUAGAAAGAUAUAGAUCAACAUCGUUACUUAAAAUCUGAAAUAUAAUUAGAGAUGUUCAGAUUGAUUGCAUAUUUAUAAUUGAUUAAUGUAAUAUAUGAAAAAUUAAAACACUAACAUAAAAUUAUACAUCAUGUUUAAAUUAUUUAGAUCAAAAUGAAGACUAUUUAUUAUAGAGCUAAAAAAAAUAUGUGUAAAUUGAAAGGUAAUAGUUUAUUUGCAAGAGUUCAUUUAGAUGUAAAAUUGUAAUAAUAUAUUAUUAUUUUUUAAGUUGUCUAUCAAUGCUUGUUAAUUAGAUAAAAAAGAAAGUCCGAAUCCAGAAUAUCAAUAAAAUUUAACCACUUUUAAUUCAAAGAUCAGUAUUAUGGAAUUUUAAAGAAAAAAUUCAUCAUACUUCUAGACAUUUAUAAUGUAUAAAGGAAUCUAUUUAUAACUUUAUUUUAAGAUAUAGAGUUUAUAAAUAAUUUUUGAGAUCAAUAUUUGAAAAAAAUUUUGAUUUUAAUUGUUAAUAAUACAUUAAUAAUAAAGAUCUUAAAAUUUAAUAAUAAUUUGAACUUUGGCAUCAAAAUUCAAAAUAUUUGAUAUAUUUUUAAUUUCUUAGUAAAACUUUUGCUAAUAUUUAUGGAAGAUAGAAAUUAAAUGCUUUUUUUAAUAAUUUACGUAAAUAAAAAAAGAAUAAAAAUAAUUAAAGAAAAGAAUCUAUUUUGUAAGUUUUUAGUAAAAAAUAAGAUAAUCAAUAAAUAAUCAGUUUAUUUAAAGUUCCAUUAUAAAAUGAUUUGUAGUAAAUGUUGCCAUUUUUAUAUGAAUAAACAAAAGGUGGAGCAUCUUAAUAUUGUAGAGAUUAAAUCAGAAGACCUUUUAACAAAUUAUUAUUUUGA